GAUUCGGUUCCUCACGUUGCUCUGUUGGCAUCUGGUGGGGGUCAGAGGGCAGCCGUGGGCCUGGUGGGCACCCUUCAUCAGAUGAAAGAGGACCAUCUGCUGGAUACUUUGCUCUACAUAGGAGGCGUUUCUGGGUCGACAUGAAGCAACUCGCCUAACUUUACUGAUGCUGCUUGUUUUGGACGACGUCUGCUGAUGUCAUUUCCAACUGAGUUAGAACCAAUCAGCGUGAGUCAACCAAAGGUUCAGCUACUCCACCGGGCCGUUCCGAGUACCCCUGAGCAGGUACUCAAAAGGCUCCUGAAAACAGCCGUUCGGCCGGCCCGGUCAAGAGGAGCCACAACGGGAGGUUCCUGUAAAUCAACCCCGAAGUUAUGGAAGUGGAAACGAAGCUAACGAGGCAACAGCACAACACAUUAGUAGAAACAAGUGGUGGCCAUCACUCUUGUGACCAGUCAGAGAAGUAGUAAUGAUGUCAUCGCUCAUACCUGGCUACAACUCUGCUGCUCUCAGCAGUGACAUGACUCGGUUACAGCAGCCCCACUCUCCUGACCCGUGCAUCUGUCUUCACUCCCACUUCACCAGGUCUAUGGCCUCCCUGUACAGUGACCCUCAGUGGAGCUCCAAGAUGGAUGAAGCUGUGUCGAGGCUGCUGGGACCUGAGGUCGGGCUGGACCAUGCUCUGCAGUGGCUGGGUGAGCGGGCACAAGAGGAGAACUUCUCUCUCACUGAUGUCUGGGGGGUCUUAACCUCUGCUGGGCUCAUGAAACAGUUGGAUCUGAGGAAUCUUUCUCAUGACGCUGUCGGGGAAGCCACCAACCCGUAUCCCAUCUACUGCGCCGUAGAGAAACGCUGUUUCUCACACGGACCACUGGAAGGAAAAUGGUUUGAACUGACACCACAUGAGGCAGGAUUCACGGAGUUGGGACUUUUUGUUCACACUUCUCUCUUGGACAGCAAGUUCCAGAGAGGAGAUCUGCUGGAGAAGAAGCCUGCGAUGGACAUGGUCAGGCUACAAGGUGUCUUAGGCUGUGCCCUGGCUCAUGAAGACAUCAUCAAAGGCUUCAUUCCUCCCUGGCUCAACGUCCCUGGACUCAUAGAUGGUGCUGCUGAGACAUACCUACAUGUGUACAAUGCCCUCAGUAACCUGAUAUUUCUGAUCAGGGGCAUCGUUAAGGAUCCAGCAGCUCUGACGGACUUAGAUCAGCUGCAACAAGAUCUAGAAGCCAAAGUAAGCUGUGAUCAGUCUGAGCUGCUGAACUCUAAAAGCCAAGAGGAGAGAAGAAGCUUGUUUCAGCAGUGGAACCUGGAGCUGCUGGAGGUAGCCCAGAACUGGAGCCAAAAUCUGGAGAACACAACAUUCAAAUCACACGCUAGUUUUCUCACUCAGCAAAUCCUUCCUCUGGUGAUGAAAUGGGAGUGGGGAACAACCAGCAACUUCCUCUAUCAAUACCAAGAUUCCUCGGUUCCAGCUUGCCUCCAUUCUGCAGAGAUCUUCCACCUGAUAGAUGCUGGGAUGCUGAUUAAUGUGGCCUAUCCUUCAUUCUUGGGAGACAAGAGAGACAUAGACCUCAUCAUUGCACAGGAGUACAGUGCUGGAAACAUGUUUGAGACUCUAACACUCGCCAGAGACUACGCAGAUGAGGUGAUGAAGCCUUUCCCAGAGAUAGAUGAGACGAUCUUGAAGGACAGAGACUUUCCAAAGGACUUCUACGUCUUUGAAGGAAAAGGGAAGGAGCCGACGAUUGUGUAUAUGCCGCUCUUCAACAGGAGGAACUGCAAAGAUGAAGAAGAUUUCAAAGCAAAGAGGGAAGAGUUCUCCACCUUCCAGCUUCCCUUCAGCCAGGACAAGAUCCAGUCGCUGUUGGAGAUCGCUAAAGCCAACAUCAGGAACAACAGGGAGGCGCUGCUGGAGGAGAUGAGAAAGGCUGCACUCCGUCGACAGAGCAAAAGGAUCUGAGGUGUGCCAGGUUCCUGAUUUCUGCCUCUCUGGAUUGAAGUGAGAUAAAUCUGAAGGUUUCAGCUUCUAUUCAGCAUCAGCGCAAACGAAGGCCACGCCAGAGCUUCUGUACGACCACACUGUUCAUUUAUCGUAGUGUGUUUCUGAGUGUGGUACAGCAAAUGCACUCAUUUUGUUACGUAAAUAUCUUUAUAAAUAAAAAUCUGAACCCCG